CAGUGAUUGGGCUAAUCCUGAGUGUUGUUGGGUUUCUGGUAGUUUGCUCUUUGUGUCUCUUCCAUUCCUCUGUGGUUACUCCCGCCCCCCUCUGCCGGAGAGCGGCAGGUCGGAUUUCACAUCCGCGACAGUGUUCAGAGGCUGGGUGGAGGUUUUCACUCAGCACUGCCAACAACUCGCUGUUUGCGCUCGACAUGUAAUAAAAAUGGCUGAGAGCUCAGAUUGGGUGGAGAUUAUCGAGCCUAGAACACGAGAACGCAUGUACGUUAACCUGGUGACGGGAGAGUGUGGCUGGGAUCCUCCGCAGCACGUACGUGUCAGGCAGUCAAGUGAGAACCAGUGGUGGGAGCUCUUUGACCAGAACAACAACCGGUUCUAUUACUACAAUGCCCUCACCAAGCAGACGGUCUGGCAUCGGCCACAGAACUGCGAUGUCGUCCCUCUGGCACGACUUCAGGCGAUGAAGCGGAAUUCUCAGUCGGACAGCCGGAGCCAGCCGACCGGGGAGGGUGCUCAGAUCCGAAACAAUCAGAAUGCCGAGGGGCGUGCACUUUCAGCCCAGCUGCCGGUGAUGCAAGGCACGGAGAAAGGGAGCGAGGCUGCUGGAAUCGUACAAGAUCAGCAGGAUUCAAUGGACAGAAAGGAAUAUGGAAGGACAAAUUCUACUUGGCAGCCAGCUCCAGGCACAAAGGCGUCAAUGUUGGUAAAAGUUGAUAGUGGGAUGAGUUCGGUCUCCUCGCAUGGCUCAAUACCACAGCAACAGAACUCUCCGUCAGUCGCUGGACAGAAGCCCAACUCAACCAAAACCUCAGGCCAGCUUCAGGUGCAGCAGGCUGGCUGCUUCCAACAUGGGGGGAAGGCCUCUAACCCCCUUGAAUCCAAGCCAUCUCUGCACUUAAAAAAGACAGAAAAUGGGGGCUUCUGCCUCGUGUUAACAAACGGCCCUCCGCACCAGACUCCCCAGAAGGCCCAACCAGGGCAAACACAGCCGUUAUCGCCAAAGUGUGCCUCUGCAGCUCCCAUUUACGAUGAGCCUCCAAUCGAGUCACCGAUCUAUGAUGAGCCACCGAUGGAAGUGGAGCCGGAGGGGGUUUCUCGCAGUAAAGUGACAGCCCAGAAGGUAGCUGGCCAGGCAUCGCAAAAAGGACCUACAAAGCUGCUUCAGAACUCUGCCUUACAUCCACAGGCUGUCAAUAAACACUCAAGAAAGCCAUCCAACACUGAGUACAGCCCAGCGGGUAGAGAGUAUAUCAAACAGAUGGUGAACAUUGAUCCAUCUUCAAAGCAGUCCUCUUCUCCGAAUGGGACGUGCGACAGUUCUGGCAGAAUUCACUCGGGCCCCUUAGUGGCCAAGGACAGCUGUAAGCAGCAGUGGAAGAUCCUGGAUAUGAGCUCCUUAAAAAGUAACGAGGUGCACAGUCGCCAAAGCAGCAUGCAGUCGCAGGAAUACCCAACCUCCGUGAUCAGCCACCAGGACUCGGGCUACUCAACGGGUCCUUCUCCAAGCCUGAGGAGGAGAAAGGGCAGGAGAACCAUGGUGGGUCAAGCCAGGCCCGGUUCCUUGGGCAGCAGCAGCGAGCUCAAUAUUUUGAACGAGAAGCUGAUCGCAGAGAUGCGGGCGGUGGUGGGUCGGGCUGCGGAGAUCAGGGGUAGCCAGGCGAGCCUGAACGCGGACAUCGCCGAGAGUUGUAUCCUGGCAGACAUUCAUAAGAUCCGCUUGCAGUCCGAAGGCCGGCACCUCAGGCAAUACGCUAACCACAGCUCAAAGGAUAACAUUGCAGCCAGCAAUAGGUCAUUGCAUAAAUUGGGCUCCGACAUAAGAGCCUCAGUUGACAGUGAACUAUCAACGCGGCAGGAAGUUGUCCGUCAGAAAAGAACAUUUGAAAAGGUGGAUUUUUCCAGUAAUUCAUUGGAAAGAAGCAUAACCAGCCAGAUUAGCCUUUCUUUACCAAGCCCCGUUCGGAACACACCACAGAUCCAGAAUGCGGGCAGCAAUCCUAAACUCAACUCAGGUGGGCAGACGUGCAACGUGGGCUAUCAUUUUCCUUACACCACUUUGCGUAAACCCCUUCCGGAGAAGAGUAUGGAAGACUGGGCAGCCAAACACCUGAACAUGCACACUCGGGGUAUCUUCAGACGCAGACUGUCCAUUGCCAACAUGCUCUCCUGGGUCGGAGGUUCCAUCAAGAAGCCCAUGCUGGUCACCAGCGAUCGCAUCAUCAAGAAAGAUGCCUGUGAGCUCUUCAAGCUUGUGCAGAUGUACAUGGGGGACAGGCAGACACGGAUGGAGAGGGUUCCAAUUGCCCUCAUGAUAGUCACCAAAUGCUGGACCAUGCAGGGUAUUCGGGAUGAACUUUACAUCCAGCUGUGCAGGCAGACCACGGACAAUCUCUGCUACCAAAGCCUGGCCUAUGGCUGGGAGCUCAUGGCUAUCUGUUUGGCUUUCUUCUCUCCAUCACCCAAAUUUCAGUCUUACUUGGAGGGGUAUAUCUAUCGGCACACUGACCCUGCUCAUGAUGUGAAAAUAACCCAACGUAUCAAUGAACUACUGGAAAUGAAAAAUAAGAAGUUCUCAAAGUCCAGGAAGAAGAGGAAACAGAAUAUUGAGGAGGAAGAAGAUCUACUUAUCAGCACGUACGCAAAAUACUGUUACCGCAAGCUUCAGAAGGUCGCUGUGACCGGAGGAAAAAAGGGUCUGAGGAAACCAACCAUCGAAGAAAUCCAUCAUGCAAAAAAUGCCAUCCUGACCCCUUCGAUGUUUGGCAGCUCCCUGGAAGAGAUAAUGGAAAGACAACGUGAACGCUAUCCAGAGAAGAAGCUGCCCUGGGUUCAAACCCACCUGUCCAAUAAAGUUUUGGGAUUGGGUGGGGCACAGGUUGAAGGCAUCUUCAGAGUGCCUGGAGAUAUAGAUGAAGUAAAUGCACUCAAACUACAGGUUGAUCAAUGGAGAAUCCCAGACAAUCUUGCUGACCCCCAUAUACCAGCCUCCCUGCUCAAGCUGUGGUACCGUGAGUUGGAAGAGCCUCUGAUCCCACAGAAGUUCUACCCACAGUGCGUGAACAACUACGAGAACCCUGAGGCUGCUGUUGCUGUUGUUGCUUCUCUGCCUGAAAUAAAUCGUCUUGUCCUCGGUUACCUCAUCCACUUCUUACAGAUUUUUGCACAGCCAGUUAAUGUGAGCAAAACCAAGAUGGAUGUCAACAACCUUGCCAUGGUGAUGGCUCCCAACUGCUUGCGCUGUCAGUCUGACGACCCGCGUGUUAUUUUUGAGAACACGCGGAAGGAGAUGUCCUUCAUUCGAUUGCUGAUCGUGCACCUGGACACAAGCUUCAUCAAAGGUGACCUGUGAGAAGCUGAUGGGAUACUGACAAUAUACGCAUGCCUAUCUAUUUUGGCAGUCCCCUUUCAUGCGUGGUGAAUUUGUUUUUCUCCUUGGUUCUUCCCCCAUUAGAAUGAUUUCUCUUUGUAUCAAUGGUCGGACAAUCAUUGUAAACAAAAAUGUUGCCUCUAAUUGGUACCCAGGACAACAGCACAGUCCCGUGCCUUAGUGCUUGUUGACUCCUGGUUCCAGUUCCCUUAGAACAUGAUGCAGGCUUGAAUCCAGGGAGACUCUGGGACUGAAGGACCACUGUGUCUGAGGUAUUGAACACGGAGUUUAUUAUCUAAAACUGCUAACUCCAAGAAUUUUCAGUCCAUGCGCAAGAUAAUUUAUUUCUCCACUGCUCAGAAUUAAAAGGUGCCUUGUUCUUGGGAGAAAAUCGAGCCAAGGUUUGGAUUGGAUUGUAAUGAUUCCUUCAAUGUACUCCAGCUGGAAAUAACAGUGAUGCUUCAGUCUUCAGGAGGAUAAAGGUGAAACACCGUUGCACUUUUGAGGAGGGGUGUGGGGAAAGUGGUUUGUGUACACAGGGCGACUCCAUUUCUGACAUACAACCAGCAGAGAAGAGGGGAAACUGAGAGAGGCUGUGCAAAUGUGACAGGUUAUCUGUUUUAUUUUUGAAAGAAAGAAAAACACUGUUUUAACUGGGAUUGUGUCUUUAUUUUAAAAAAAAGAAAUCCAGGAUCCCAGAUUAAAAUAUCAAAUGACAUGUUUACUUCCACUGGAAAGAAAAGUAGAACCACUGUUACAAAACUAUAGGAUGUUUCAGAUACUCCGCAUACUGCCUUGUUGAGGGACUGAAUGUUCCCAUUAAUUUUGAUGGAGGAUGAUUUGUUUCCUCAAUUAAACCCCUUUGCAAGAUCUUAAUCUGGGUUUUACGAUGGUACAUGAUAGGUAGAAUGUGUGUGUAUAUAUCAGCGUGUGUGUGUAAAUUUUUAUUCUAUUGAUUUGGCCUUGUUUUCUGUUUGACUCAAUCCCGAUAGGGGUUCCCCUAUUUAAAAAGUCCAUUUGAUUAUGUUGUCAGGGCCGCUAUCAGGUCCUGAGUUUCAUCCAGAGCACAAGUCCCUUCCCGAUUAACUCUGUGUGGUUUACUGAAAAGUUGUCCUUAAAUUAGAAAUUAUAUUUAUUUUCCACAACUUAUGCUGGCUGUUAAUAUUCUAGAUUGUCUUUAACUUCAAAGCACUGGCUAAUCAUUUCAGUUCAUGUUUUUCCUCGUCAGACUCAUUGGAGUCUUUAAGGAAACAGAUGAAAUGCAUCGACGGCUUAUUGUCAGCAUGUGGAUUACUUUAUCCUUGAAUAAAAAAUCAGUCUCAAAACCCACAAGAGUCUUCAACCUAUGUGAUUGCAGUUCCUGUCUCAGGAACAUUAAUAAAAUAAACAUGCUAGGGGAUUGCAAAGUAUUCUUUGAAAAUUGUGAAUCCUUAGUGGUGACAUUAAAAUUGAAUUUAGUAAUUAAGGGAAAGAAAAUACUGGCCCAGUAAAUAUGGGCAUUUGAACUCAAAGUUGAGAGUAUCAGUCUUUAUUUACGUUUUUAAGUUUAAUUUUUGUUAUUUGAUACUGAAUUAAUUUAUAUUUUGUAAACGUAUAUCCUCAUUUAGAAUUGCUCAUAGAAUUUAAGGAUGAGCAGGAAUUGGUUUGUGUCAACGACAUUAAAUGUUGUGUCAACGACAUUAAAUGGGACUUUCAGUAUAAUGGGUAUCACUGCUUUUAGCAUCCUGACUUUAAGGAGGCAUGGAAGAGAGUUCUGUUUCCCUUUUGUUUUUAAAUCUUUCUCCCCUCGUUCUCUCCAGCUCUGGGUUAAGAGGGGUGGGGUGGGGGUCGCAGUGGUUAGCCACAAAUAAACCACAAACACCUGCACUGCAGCUGAGUCAAGUCUCGAGAAACUGCGAGUGGUGUUUUCAUCAGUUAAGACCACGUUCAGAGUUUGUGAUCUUGCUCUCCCUGCCCCAUUAUAGCUGCUGAACUAAAUUUAUUUUGUAGCAUUGUUGCCUCCUUUGAGGUUGUUAAUGUGGGGAGGCUUGGGGUCUAACACCACCACUGACAUCAGCUUGAGGCUAGAGAGGGCUCAGGAUAAAGGCUGGAGGUUUUCUCUGUUUGACUUCACCGGAAGGUUCCAUUUUCUUCCUGUUGAUGUAAUUUUGCAAAGCUGGAAAGUAAUGUGCAAAUCUCGGACACAGAUCUUGAGCUGAGUUGUAUGAGAUAAAAUAAAGCUACUCUCUCAACACAAAUCUGAUGUGAAUGAAGUUGAUUACACUCCCUCUUUGGAUUACUUAAGUAUAAAGGGGAAAAAGAAUCUGUUUCUCUCCAACAUUUGAAAAAGGCAAAUUAAACUCUUCCCACUCCUCAUUAAGUGCAUAUUGGUGCUUGUACAGAAUGACUUCAAUUUGGUUAUCUUUACUGCGGCUUGGCCUUUGGCAGCUAAUUAAAUUUUAUUUUUAGGAUGUGGGUUUUUUUUGCUGGAUUGCAAAUGUCUGCACCCAGCGGCUAAACCAUGUGCCGAUGAACUCCUCUUCCCUACUUAUAUGAUGCGAUAAUGCGAGAUCGCAAUUCUAUUUCUGUUCAUUUCGAAUCCAAGGCAACACUCAAACUUAGGACAUUAAAAUGUUUCAAAAUGGUUCACAGAGUGAGAUUAAAUCAAUGACAACUGACAUUGUGAACCGUCUGUAGAAAAAGGGAAACUCCUUGAGGGAAUGCAAUAAGCCAGGAGAUAUUGUUAUAAAUGCCAAAUGUUGCAAGUUACAAUACUUUGUUCAUUUAAGUUUUUUAAUUCAGGGGCUGUUGUUGUAAGCCAUACAGAGAGAGGCAUAAUUGAUUGUUUUGGUUCAAUUAGGAACAAGAUUGCAUUACUUUUACUGAAUUUACAAGUCAACUGUGUUGAAAAUAUUUUAUUUUAAGUUAGACAGGAUGUUUCCUCGUGGAUUACAAACUGUUCUUUGGCUCUGCUGGGAUGUGAGAUGGCUUUUGUAGUUCAGGUGCCUCGAGUCAGAAUCUGGGUCCUGGGUGGUUUGAAAGUUUUUCAGUUCUGGCACUUGACUACAGGGUGGGUGAGGUACUUCAUUCCACUGCCUUGUGUUGCUGAUCUGGGACAAUGAGCGGUAGGGGCUCCGGCUUCCUGUUUAGAUUCUCUGGAGCGAUCACCUCCUGUGGAAGCCUGUGGUUCUGUGGCAGUUUUGAGGAAGUGGUGGCAGGGCACCAUUCAGUGGGCAGUUCCCAUUCCAAAAGUGGAUCUCGAUCCCUCCCCUCUCCCGACCAUGACCCCACGAUCUGGCUGCCCUGGCAACUUCUCUCUCUCUCUCUCUCUCCCUCUCUCUCCCUCUCCCUCUCCCUCCCUCUCCCUCCC